AUGGUUUUGAAAAAGUGUAACAUCUGUGACCGUCGCUUCAAGAAGACGGAACAUUUCAAGCGUCACGAACGGUCUCACACCAAGGAAAAGCCUUAUGAAUGUAAUGUCUGCCACAAACGAUUCUCUCGGAGUGAUGUCUUGAGUCGCCAUGCAAAAGGCCACAAUGCCGCGCCGUCAAGCGCGACCAACGGGGUGGUGAAGACUGACCAGCAUCAUACUUCGUCUACUCAAGCGUAUGAUCAACAGCACUCUCGUGUCAACGGCAACGGCCAAUUCAUCCCGAGCGUCAACCCGGUAGACGCACAGCAGGCACAGAUCGUGCGGUUUAUGCCGCGCGAAAUCUCCCUUACGACGCCGGACGGGCUUCCGUCAUCUUCUCUUGAUUGCUUGGCGGACAUAUCUGCUCACCAGGCUCGGACUCACACCCAGCUCAACCCCAUGGUGAUGGAUCACCAGCAGGCCUACCUCGGGUGGGGUGAUGUCACCGCAACCGAACCUUCCCCGUACAGAGCGCCCGUAUUCGGCCCAGUGCCGAAUGACAUCCUUCAAUUCUGGCUGGAACCCCGGGGCGACACCACCUCAAAUCCAAGUCCGAUAGACCUCAUGAGCGACUCCAGUGUUGGUCUCGUGGAUGAUCAGGCACCAGCGUCGCCUAGAGCGCGGCAGAAUGGUCAUUCGGCUGAAAAUCCAAGCAUCCAAUCUCCGAGCAACAUUCCCAGCGAGAGAUUUGCCAGAGUACAGCGGUACUGGCUCACCCCCACAAACAACACCGGGCGCCUGAUGAAUACGUUGUGGGGGGAUGUAGCCACCUGUUCACUGGACAAUAUCCUUGGAGUGUAUUCAGGGCAGUCGUUCAAUAGUCCGCCUGGCCUAUCAGGGGAUUUGAGGUAUGGGCUGGAUGAGGAAUGCAGGCAGAAUCUUCUGGCCACCUUUGGCCAGGCUCGACGCAGCACGUCAAAUGAUGCUUCGAACGCUCCACGCAUGUCUGAGGCACCUUUUGGCUCUCCGCAAGCCUUUCCUCCAGCUGAAAUCCUGGACAUGGCGCUCGACUUGUACUUUCGCAAUUUCCAGCCGCUAAUACCGUUCAUCCAUAUCCCUACAUUCUCUGCGAAAAGGACUCGCUCACCAGUGCUCUAUGUCAUGUGUAUGAUUGGUAUGAUCAUUCUGGGUACAAAAGGGACAACAGCGUUUGUCUCCAAGAAUUUCAACUUGGUCCUUGACAAGAUCACCGAAGAAUUGGCCAAAUGCGCAGCAGGAAGUGAGAACCCUGUCGGUACUGUGUCCACCUUUGCCGCGGCUUUACUUUUCCUCAAUUUGGCUGCAAUGACCGGGGAAAGGGAGCACAUUGCUAAAAGCCAAAUGUUGUAUAUCAGCCUUAUGACUACUGCGCAAAGACAUGGGUUGUUCGCUGCAACGGAAGGACAAAUUCUCGACAUGAGUCUCUAUGAGGCAAUCCCCGAUGUGGAUGAAAGAUGGAAAGCAUGGAGCAAAGUGGAAUCCGUGAAGAGACUUAUCAUCGGACUCCUGCUGCUCGACUCCUGGUACUCGUCCUUCUUAUCAACGAGCCCGAUAAUCGUACCAGAAGCAAUACAAUUUAUUCUACCGUGUGACGGAGCAAUCUUUGACGCGAAAAAUGCCAUGCAUUGGAUGCAGCUUAUUCGCGUUGGCAAGCGAAUUUUGAUGCCGACCGUUGUCGCUCCAUCCGAAAAUGUCGAUCUUCCAGCGCUGGAUAACUCAGUCGACGGUCUGUGCAUGCACGGGGUGUUGGCAAUGGUUCAACUCCGGCUCUGUGAGGCUUACCACCGCCUGUUAUCCAACCGAGCAAACUACCCGUUCGCGCCAUGCCAUACCUACGCUAUGGACGGCCGUGCAAGAUGCCUGCCAACGCUUCAGCUGCAAAUAGCUGAUAAAUAUAGGGAGGCCCUGGAACGACUUAACCCGAAUGCUGUAGUCAUGUGGCACAAUAUGUGCAUGACACUCACUGCGGACAUCCAGAUAUUCGAACUGGCUGCGGGUCGGUCAGGUCCUCUGCCAGCCCGGAAAGCCCUCGAUGAUAUCGCCGUAUGGUCUCAGACACCAGCCGCCCGAAGGUCGUGUCUCCACGCGGCCCAAAUAUACAAAGCCAUGAUCAACCGCAAAACAUCAGAUCAUACCAUGUUCCACUCGAUGCUCGCACUCUUCACUGCGGCGCUCGUGCUGGGGCUGUAUACAUUCAUGGCACCACGUCCGCCAGAGACCACUGCCGGAUGCAUUUCCGUGGAACUCCUGGACGACGUUGACUGGCAGCAAGUGGGUCGAGAGGGUUUCACCAGCUUUAUGGAACCUCGCGGUAACCAUGCAUUCACCGCUUCGAACAAUUCCACAGUCAAUUUUAUUCGUAAUGGCGGUACAUUGUACCUUCGCGGAAUCCCAGUGCAAGGAGGCUAUCAAUCUGCGCGGCGCAUACUACUGGACUACGCGGGGCUCCUGAAGGACUCUGGGAAAUGGAGCGUCCGAAAGUUCUCUCACGUCCUUCACAUUAUGAGCGAUGUCCUCAUGGAUAUUGAAUGA